UUAGAUUUCAUGUCAUUUUAGGAUUUUCCUACCGUAAGCUUACAAAAGCUUAGUCUUAAACUUAAAAUGUCAGCCGAUAAACGCAAGCGUUGUCCUAAUUUCAGCGAGGAUGAAAAGAUAAGAUUUUUGGGAAUAUUACACAGACAUGGGCAAGUAAUCUUAUCUAAAGUCACUUCACACGAUUUACAAACGAAUCGUCUAAAAGAAAAAGCUUGGAUAGAAAUUACGAAGGAUUUAAAUUCUUCCGGUACUGUCGUAAGCUUUAUUUAUUUCAGAACUACAGAUAAUCUAAAAAAACUAUGGCAAAAAAUGAAAACUGAUGCUAAAACAUACAAGUCUAAUGCCAUUGACCAAACAACGGGGACAGAGGGUGAGACAUCACAAAAAAUGGACGACCCGAUUCUUGAAUUGGUGGCACAGAUGACUAGUGGUGGCAGCUUUGGGAUAGAGUCAACUAAUGACUGUGACUAUGAGAACUCAUGUUCUUCCACUGCUGAUCAAUGCAAUGUUGGCAUCCCAAUUGCUACAGACAAGAUCAAAGAUGAAUUUGCUACUUAUUAUGAGGUCAGUACAGAGGAGGUGGAAAAAAUUACAUUCCAAACUCAAAAAAAAGACAUGUCAAAUUUAAAAAGACGCUGGCCACCCCUUUGCCAUAAUGCAAAUGAGCGUUCAAAAGUUAAAUCAUCACAUAUUCGUACAAAUAGUAGUUUAGCCAGUGAGCGGUUAAAAUGCGAAAGAGAAAAAAGAGAAUUAAUACAGCUACAGAAACAGCACAUGAUCGAACUGCAUGCGUUAAAACUUAAGCAAGUGAAAAUAAAAACACAAAUAAUGGAGGCUGUUUUAAAGAAAAUAUGUGGUGAAAAACCAGUUGAUCCUGGAUUAGUUAAGGCUCUCUCUGAAUCGAGUUAAUAGAAAUUUAUAAUAUGGUAACUCAACAAGUGUUGAAAUGCUUGAAGUAUUAAAAUAGAUUGCACCUAUAUUUUCUGUUUUAAAAAGAUUUUUUUUUUGAAAAAUGUUGGUGCAAUCAGAUCCAUGAUGAUGACAAGUAUAUGUAUACGGAGCAUUAUUUUUGGAGUGUUCAUACUAUUUAUGUAUGCUCUUUAUUUGUACUCCAAAAUUAAAAAGUAAAUAGACUCCUGACAGAAAAGGCGGCCUUAUCGCUAAGUAGAUAAUUCUGCCAGAAAAAAAUGAGGUGUAUACUAUUAAAACAUACAUACGAAAACUAUAUAUGAAUACAUACACCAGACACAUAAAGCAAUAAUAACAAUACAUAUAUAUUAAAAAAUAAUAAACAUAUAUUUUAGCAACCCUUGAAUACUUGUUAAGAGAGAUGAAAGUGAGUAAAUAAAUAAUAAUAGUUGUAAUUGUGAGA